AUGCCGCCAAAACGCGCCAAGAAGGCUGCCGCUGCCGCAGCAGAACCUCCCCUCGAUGGCUGCAAGAUUGCCCUGAGCGGCACCUUUGCGGGCAUGACACAAUCGGCUGUCAAGGCCAAGGCAGAGGCUGUGGGUGCCACUGUCAGCACCGCUGUCACCGAAGACACGACACACCUCGUGGCCACCGAGGCCGACUUCAACAAGCCCUCAGCCAAAGUCACCAAAGCACAGACCCUAGGCAUCCCCAUUGUCAGCUUUGAGUGGCUGUCCCUCUCUGAACAAAAGAAUAGCAAACAGGCUGAAGACGACUUCACGUUGGGCGGCACUGCUUCCACCAAGACCAGCACAUCGCGGAAGAGAGCUGCGGUUGACAGCACCUCCGACACGGAAACUGUUGCACCACCGGCCAAGAAAAGCAAGGACGGUAAUGUCAAGGUUGAAAAUGGAGAUGUCAAAGUCGAAGAUGCUCCCCCAGAGCAGAAAAAGGCCAAGCAAGAGAAGGCACUUGGUGAGGGUCAGGUUUUGAAACGAAAGGACACUCGGAUUCCAAUCGAUGAUGGCUGUCCCUUUACGAGUUCGGUCGUGUACAUUGAUGCUGACGGCGUCAUCUACGAUGCCUCGUUGAACCAAACCAACGCCUCCAACAACAACAACAAGACAUGGACUCGCUGGGGCCGUGUUGGUGAUCACGGCCAAACCCAGGUUCCUGCCACAGGUUCGCUCGCAGAGGCCAUGAAGCAGUUCGAAAAGAAAUUCAAAGACAAAUCGGGCAUCGCUUGGGCCAACCGGGUCGACAACCCAAAGCCCGGCAAGUACGCUUUUGUGGAGAGGAACUACGAGGACGAUUCCGACGAUGAAGAUGCGGCAGAAGAUGAGUCCAAGGACAAAACCAAGGCCGACGACUGGACGCCGCCAAAGUGCAGUCUAGACCCUGCGGUGCAGCAUCUUCUGGAACUCAUCUUCAACCAGCAGUACUUUGCCAACACAAUGUCGGACCUCAACUACGACGCAAACAAGCUCCCGCUCGGCAAGCUCAGCAAGGCCACCAUCACGCGCGGUUUCCAGUCACUGAAAGACCUGUCAGAGCUCCUCGACGACAACACACUGGCGCAGUCCAAGUACUCCAUGACGUACGGAAAUGCCGUAGAACAGCUGUCCAACACGUUCUACUCGCUCAUCCCGCACAAUUUUGGUCGCAACCGUCCACCCGUCAUUCACACUCAGCAAAUGGUCAAGAAGGAAAUAGAACUUCUGGAAAGCCUGAGCGACAUGAAGAAUGCGGCCGAGAUCAUGAAGCUGGACAAGGUGGGCAACUACGAUGUCCACCCCCUUGACAAGCAGUACGAGGGUCUGAAGAUGAAGGAGAUGACCGUCCUUGAUCCCGCCACUCAAGAGUUUGCAGAGCUCAAAAACUAUCUGGUCAACACACGUGGGCACACCCACAAUCACAGUUACCAAGUCGAAAACAUCUUCCGUAUCGAGCGCCAAGGCGAGAAGGAUCGAUUCGACGCCAGUGUGUUUGGCAAGCUCAACCAAAACAGGCGUCUGCUGUGGCACGGUUCUCGCGCAACCAACUUUGGUGGUAUUCUCAGCCAAGGUCUUCGUAUUGCUCCUCCAGAAGCACCUGUGAACGGCUACAUGUUCGACAAGGGCAUCUAUCUUGCCGACAUGGCCUCCAAGUCUGCAAACUACUGCUGCUCGUAUCAGUCUGGCAAUACUGCUCUUCUUUUGCUGUGCGAGGCUGAACUGGGUGACCCCAUGCAGGAGCUGCUGCACUCUUCUUACAACGCCGCCAGUGAGGCCAAGCAGAAGGGCAUGAUUUCCACAUGGGGCAAGGGAACAAACGGUCCACUGGCAUGGAAAGAUGCUAGCUGCGUGGAACCUUCUCUGAAGGGUGUUAUGAUGCCCGACACGUCCACAAAGAUGCCAGGGAAAACCGGCGUGGCAGGAGCCAGCUUGCUGUAUAACGAAUACAUUGCCUACGACGUGUCACAAGUCCGCCUCCGUUACCUCUUCCGGGUUAAGAUGUAG